AUUAUACCUUUCACAUCCAAAUUUGCUUCAGGUUCUACCCAAUUUGAAUACACCCAACUCUUCACUCCGGCGAAAUAUACUUUUUCAUUAGAAUUCUCUUAAAAGAAACGCAACAGUAAAAAUGGAAGAAACUCAAUCAUGCUUCUGCUUGGAAGAAAUGGAGAAGAUCGGACGUGAAAAAAUGGACAAGUCCGUUGCUAAAUACAUCUACGGCGGAGCUGAUCAACACCAAGCCGUAUCAAGAAAUAGAGAGGCGAUAAAAGAGAUUCUCUUGGCACCAAAAGUCUGCGCCGGUAUCUCAAAGAGAGAUCUCUCAACUACCAUCCUCGGACAGAAAGUCGACAUGCCUAUCGGAUUCUCUCCCACAAUGUGCAGAGCCUGGAUCACUGACGAAGGUGAAAUCUACGCAGCCAUUGCCGCCGGCGAAGCUAACAUCCCAUUUGGCUUCAGUUCAUUCACCGAAACAUCUAUCGAAGACGUUGGCGAAUCGAUGGCUGAUUUUGAAAAUCCUUUGAAAAUUAUGCAAAUGAGCAUUUAUCCUGAAAAGGAGAUGACAAUGGAAAUUAUCAAAAGAAUUAAGAAAGCCGGAUUCCAAGCUAUUGCUGUUACCGUUGAUCAUCCAGUUCACGGAAGAAGAGACUUUGACGGCGGUGACGACGAAGAACCAGAAAUCUGGCAAGAAACUGGCCUACCCAAUUUCCCAAAAAAACUUCUCUACUUGCAUGAAAAGGAAAAGAACAAUAAAGACCCCGACGAGAUUGAAACCACUCACGAAACUUGGCAGCAAAUCACUGAUUUGAAAGAAUGGAGCGGCUUAAAAGUCGUCGUCAAGGGUAUUGCCCGACCAGAAGACGCCGAAGCAGCAAUAAAGGCUGGAGCCGAUGCUAUAUGGGUAUCAAAUCACGGUGGUAGACAAUUAGGAGAUGGCCCAGCUACAAUUGAUUGCCUUAGAAAAAUUGCACCAGUUGUGAAGAAGGCAGGAGUUGACUUGUACAUCGACGGAGGAUUCAGAACAGGAUCCGAUGUCCUUAAAGCUUUAGCUUUGGGAGCGAAUGCCGUAUUCAUUGGAAGACCAGUUUUGAGCGCUAUAGCUUAUAACGGUUACGAGGGAGUAAAAGAAAUGCUCGGUAUCUUAAGAAAGGAAUUAGACAUUUCAAUGGCUCUUUGCGGAUGCAGUAAACUCUCAGACAUCGACCAAUCGAUUCUAUGGGAGUAACCGAAAGAAGUACAAGAAAAAGAAGAAGAAGAGGAGGAGGAGGAGAAAGAUGAAGUGGAGGAGAAGAACGAAGAGGAGGAGUAGAAAUAGUAAAAAAAAAAGAUAAUCGAGAGAUUUAGGAAUAGAUUAGGAAGAGAAUUUAAUGAAGAUUUAAACCUAACCGAAUUCAAAAAUCAAAAGCCAAAAUAUAAAAUUACAAAAAUAAAAACAACUGCAAAAGCAAUUUAUUAAUAAUAUUAAUAUAUAGUUAACUAAUUA